AUGCAGCUCAUUCACCUCCUCCUCUUCCUCUUUCUCCUCCUCCUCCCUGGAAUGUGGGCAGACCCAGAGGCAGAGCCACAGGUUUUCCAGCUACUCCAGACCAGCCUCUUCACCAACAUCAGCUCUGCUGAGGUGUCUGGGGUGGCUCUCCUGGGGGACGUGCCCAUAUUUGCACUGGAUCCUGCCAAAUGGAGCAUCCGUUUCCACUGGCCCUGGGCUCGCCAGGCCACAGCCGAGGGAGACGCAGAGAAGAUCAUGUCCCACUCCAAGCUCUUUCUGCGCAAUAUGGUCCGAUAUGUGCAUGAAACAGCCCAGCAGGCGCAACUGGACUACCCAUUGGUGAUCCAGAUCCGUGCAGGCUGUGUGCUGCACUCCAACAGGACAAGCUGGGGCUUCAUGGAUGUUGGGGUGGGUGGCAGAGACCUCAUAACUUUUGAGGUGGAGAGGCAGCACUGGGAACCCCUGCAGCCAUCCCUGCUAGCAGAUCUGGUCAGCAAGUCUCUUACCAGCAAGAAGGCCGUGACAGGGGUCCUGGAGCACAUCUUGUCCAUCUCCUGCCAGAGCCACAUCCUCACCCUGUGCAAGUAUGGGAAGGCCGAUCUGGAGAGACAAGAGCUACCCGUGGCCACGGUCUUUGCCCGCACACCCAGCCCAGCCCAGAUCCUGCUGGUUUGCCAUGUCACUGGCUUCUACCCACGGCCCAUCAGCGUGGCCUGGCUGCGGGAUGGCCAGGAGGUGCCACCAGGCCCGGCGCUCAACACCAGCACCAUCCUGCCCAACGCCGACCUCACCUACCAGCUCCGCAGCGUGCUGGCCGUGGCCCCCGGUGAUGGGCACAGCUAUGCCUGCCGCGUGCACCACCGCAGCCUGGGCACCCGCAGCCUCCUCAUCCCAUGGGAAAACCGCAGCACAGCUCCAGCUGUCGCCAUCGCCAUCUCAGUGGUGCUCCUUGUGGCCACAGCCUCUGCUGGGGGCGUUUGGUGGUGGAAGCACAGGAAAGGUGGCAAGGCCACAUGGGAGACCCCAGAGUUCAUCAUUUGA